CUGCUUUAUCGAUCAAGUCAAAAACACCCUUGUAUUCCCCCGAAAACAAAGAGCCGCUGAAAAAGCUCGAGUUCAGACCCUGUUUUAACUGUAAUAACUACCAAUGUCCUCCUGGGUAUGUUCGCAUACACUCUCUCCCCUGUCUCUACCCCUACAAUCUUCACACUCUCUCUCUUCCCUCCAAACCCAACCACCACCACCUCUCCAAAACCACACUCCUCGACUCACCAGCACCUCUUGUACGACAACGACUCUCAUCCCCACCAAAACCCCAUCAAAACCCAUAUCAGAAACACGCUCUAAAGCCUCAUGGAUCGAAGCUCUUCGAUCCCAAACCCGUUCAAACCAUUUUUGGGAAGCCGUUUCUACAUACAUAGAAAUGACAGCGGCGGGCAUUCAACCGGACAACUUCGCUUUCCCGGCAGUUACGAAGGCCAUUACCGGCCUUCAAGACCUGAAUGCUGGAAAACAGAUUCACGGGUCUGUAAUCAAACUUGGGUACGAGUCAUCUUCGGUGGCUGUGGCUAAUACCCUUCUCAAUUUAUAUGGAAAGUGUGGAGAUAUUUUUGAUGUUUUCAAAGUGUUCGAAAGAAUUCCUCAAAAAGACCAAGUUUCUUGGAAUUCAAUGAUAAACGCAUUGUUUCGGUUUGAGGAGUGGGAAUUGGCAUUAGAGGGAUUUCGAGCCAUGCAAUUGGAGAUAAUAGAGCCUAGUUCUUUCACCUUGGUGAGUGUUGCGCUUGCUUGUUCUAAUUUAAAUAAGCGGGACGGGUUGAACCUUGGGAAGCAAGUCCAUGGGUAUAGUUUGCGAGUAGGCGAUAAUAAAACAUUUACUAACAAUGCUUUGAUGGCUAUGUAUGCCAAACUAGGUAGAGUUUAUGAUUCAAAAGCUAUUUUUGAGUUGUUUGCAAAUCGUGAUAUGGUUUCUUGGAAUACCAUUAUAAGCUCCUUCUCUCAGAAUGAUCAGUUUUAUGAGGCAUUGACAUUCUUUCAACUUAUGGUUUCUGAGGGACAUAAACCGGAUGGAGUUUCAAUUUCUAGUGUUCUCCCAGCAUGCUCGCAUUUGGAGUUGUUAGACAUUGGGAAGGAAAUUCAUGCUUAUGCUCUGAGAAAUGACGAUUUAAUUGGAAAUUCUUUCGUGGGUAGUGCUUUGGUUGACAUGUAUUGCAAUUGUCGACAGGUUGAAAUUGGCCGUCGAGUUUUUGAUGAUGUCUUAGAUAGGAAACUUGGUCUUUGGAAUGCUAUGCUUGCUGGUUAUACACAAAAUGGGCUUUAUGAGAAGGCCUUAGCACUCUUUAUGGAAAUGGUGGAGGUCUCAGGACUUUUUCCAACUCCCACUUCAAUGGCAAGUGUCUUGCCAGCUUGUGUUCACUGCGAGGCAUUUGCUGAUAAACAAAUUAUGCAUGGGUAUGUGGUGAAAUUGGGUUUUGGGAUGGACAGGUAUGUGAAAAAUGCACUUAUGGACAUGUACUCUAGGAUGGGGAAAACAGAUAUUUCAAGGUAUAUAUUUGACAGCAUGGAGAGUAGAGAUAUAGUUUCAUGGAAUACAAUGAUCACAGGUUAUGUAGUUUGUGGAUCACAUGAAGAUGCCCUUGUUCUUCUACAUGAUAUGCAACAAUUAGAAGGGAAGAAUGAUAAUUAUGAGGAUGAAGAAAGAGUUCCUUACAGACCAAAUUCAAUAACGCUCAUGACAAUCCUUCCUGGUUGUGCUUCCUUGGCAGCACUAGCAAAGGGAAGAGAGAUCCAUGCUUACGCGAUUAGAAAUGCAUUGGCACCUGAUGUUGCUGUUGGAAGUGCAUUGGUUGACAUGUAUGCGAAAUGUGGUUGCCUGAACUUAUCUAAGAGAGUUUUCGAUGGUAUGCCGUCCAAAAAUGUAAUUACAUGGAAUGUUAUCAUAAUGUCUUAUGGAAUGCAUGGCAGAGGAAAGGAAGCCUUAGAACUUUUUAAGAAUAUGGUGGCAGAAGGAGCACAAGGUGGGGAAGUUAAACCUAAUGAGGUUACAUUUAUUGCAAUUUUUGCAGCAUGUAGCCACUCUGGGCUGGUCAAUGACGGCCGGAACUUGUUCCACAAAAUGAAAGAUGACCAUGGUAUUGAACCUACAGCUGAUCACUACGCUUGUGUUGUCGAUUUGCUUGGUCGAGCAGGUUAUCUGGAGGAAGCAUAUCAACUUGUCAAUGAGAUGCCUCCAGAUUUUGACAAAGUCGGUGCUUGGAGUAGUUUUCUUGGUGCUUGCCGGAUUCACCUAAAUGUAGAACUUGGGGAAAUCGCAGCCAAUAAUCUCCUUCAAUUGGAGCCAGAUGUGGCUAGCCACUAUGUUCUACUCUCCAAUAUCUACUCCUCUGCUGGGCUAUGGGAAAGAGCAAUGGAGGUUCGGAAGAACAUGAAGGAAAUGCGGGUACAAAAAGAACCUGGGUGCAGUUGGAUUGAGUUUGGUGAUGUGGUACACAAGUUCAUGGCUGGGGAUGUCUCACAUCCACAAAGUGAGCAGCUUCAUGGUUUUCUUGAGAGUUUGUCUGAGAGGUUGAAAAAAGAGGGUUAUGUGCCUGAUACUUCCUGUGUUCUUCAUAAUGUCGGUGAGGAAGAAAAGGAGAAUCUGCUAUGUGGACACAGCGAGAGACUAGCAAUUGCAUUUGGUAUGCUCAAUACCCCUCCUGGUACUACCAUUCGGAUAGCCAAGAACCUCAGAGUUUGUAACGACUGUCAUGCUGCUACUAAAUUCAUCUCAAAGAUUAUGGAGAGGGAGAUCAUUGUGAGGGAUGUUCGGAGAUUCCAUCAUUUCAUAGAUGGAACUUGUUCAUGUGGGGAUUAUUGGUGAGAAAGUGCCCAACCCUUCCUUGAAAUUCAUUUACAGAUAUACCUACAGUCUUUUUGCUACCCUACCCCAUUGUUGUUCAUUGAUUGUAUUAUUAAGAAUGUUAAAUUAUCAAUCGUAACUUCUGAGGCAUGAAAGAAAUAUUA